AUGACUGAUAACCAAAAGCCCUGGUGGCAGCAAUGGGUGGGGCGGGGUGGGGUGGGGCGGGGUGGGGUGCAGGAGGACCGUAUGGGGUCUGGAGGAGCAGUAACUGCACUGAUGGGCCCUCCUCUCCCGCAGAGGAGCACUCCCGAGCCCAGCGUGCAGCCAGAGGAUCAGGUGCUCAUCAACCGCCAGGACAUCAUGAGUAGUAGAAAGGACGCCUGGGACUUGCAGGAGCGCAUCACCAGCUUGUACAUCAAGCACCUGCUCCGACACCCCGCCUUCCAGCUGCUGCUGGCCCUGCUGCUGGUGAUCAAUGCCAUCACCAUUGCUCUCCGCACCAACUUCUCCCUUCACCAGAAACACUAUGAGUUGUUCUCUACCAUAGAUGACAUUGUGCUGACCAUCCUUAUCUGUGAGGUUCUCCUCAGCUGGCUCAAUGGCUUCUGGAUUUUCUGGAAGGACGGCUGGAACAUCUUCAACUUCCUUAUCAUCUUUAUCUUGCUCUUGGGGUUCUUCAUUAACGAACUCAAUGUCAUCUCUAUCAACUAUACCCUCAGGGCGUUGCGUCUGGUGCACGUGUGCAUGGCGGUGGAGCCCCUGGCCCGGAUCAUCCGCGUUAUCCUGCAGUCGGUGCCUGACAUGGCCAACAUCAUGGCCCUCCUCCUUUUCUUCAUGCUGGUGUUCUCUGUGUUUGGGGUCACACUCUUUGGUGCAUUCGUGCCCAAGCAUUUCCAGAACAUGCAGGUUGCCCUGUACACCCUCUUCAUCUGCAUCACCCAGGAUGGCUGGGUGGACAUCUACAGUGACUUCCUGAUGGAGAAGAGGGACCACGCAAUGGAGUAUGGGGGUGCCAUCUACUUUACCAUCUUCAUCACCCUCGGUGCCUUCAUUGGCAUCAACCUACUCGUCGUUGUGGUGACCACCAAUCUGGAGCAAAUGAUGAAGGCAGGAGAGCACGGGAAACGGAAGCAAAUACAGUUUAGCGAGGUAGAUUCAGAGGACGAGGACGGAAGCAACCAGCUGCCACUGGUGCACUGUGUAGUGGCCCGCUCGGAGAAAUCUGGUCUUCACCAGGAACCGUUUGUGGGGGGUCCCCUGUGCAACCUCUCGGAAAACACAUUAGACAACUUUUGCUUGGUGCUUGAGGCAAUUCAGGAGAACUUGACGAAAUACAAGGAGAUCCGAGAUGAGCUCAACAUGAUCCUGGAGGAGGUGCGCUCUAUCCGCUUCAACCAGGAGCAGGAGGAAGAGCUGUUGCACAGGCAUGUGUCCGCGACCAUGUCCAUCCAGAGCAAGUCCUCUAUGGACAUCCGAGAGGUGACUAACCAGCAAGACUUGCUCACUGCGCUGGCUAACAGGGAUAAGGCUCAAGAGUCUAGCACAAACAUGCUCCUUAACAAACACAAGAACAGUUCCUGAGAGGCCGAGACAGGAGCCAAGGGACCUGCGCACACACACCCAGCCACUGCAUUGUCCUGCGUCCCUGGCUUGGCACAGCCUGGCCCACGCCCGUCCUCUCCCUCACACCUGGGCAGAGGCCGGGGGCUGUGAGGGCAGCAGCAGCUGCAGGGCUUGUGCCUGUGAGCCCCAGGUCCAGAGGAGUCAGGAUGGAGGAGAAUGACCGGCAAGAGUGGGAGCCCUCGCGGCAAGGGCGAGCACAGAAGGGGGUGCCGGGCAAGGCAGCCAGGAUUCGGCCUAAGGGUGGGUAUCCUGGACCCCUGCUCUAGCUGAGAACUGGGUGGGGCCUGAAUGGGCCCAAGCAUCAAGAAGAAGAAUGCAAGGCCAGUGGGGCCGAGCA